AUGUUUCGUCCUUUAUUAGCGCGACCUGCAUUCGCGCUUGCGAAUCGCUCCUUCUCCUCUAUCUCCGCAAAUCAACUGCAGAUCCUCGAAAGUAUAAAAACAUUUCGUAAAGCGCGACAUGCGAUACCUCGAGAUGCAACACUGGGGUUUGUACCCACCAUGGGGGGUCUUCACGAUGGUCACAUGGCAUUGGUAGAGCAUGCACGUAAUUCAUGUGACUUUAUCGCCGCCAGUAUCUUCGUAAACCCGACGCAAUUUGGUCCAAGUGAAGACUAUUCCAAGUACCCCCGGACAUUUGAAAAAGACAUUGCACUACUAACGAAACUUGGUGUCGAUUUCGUCUUUUUACCUUCAGCUGAUGAAAUGUACAUGCCGCAUCAUUGCUGCUACGUAGUUCCAAGUGGAUUUGAUGAUUUGGUUGAGGGAAAGUGUCGUCAAGGUCACUUUCGUGGCGUCGCUACUAUUGUCACAAAGCUCUUCAACAUUGUGCAGCCCACGCACGCAUUUUUUGGUCAAAAAGAUGCGGCUCAAGUCGUGCUCAUCAAACGAUUGGUCUCGGAUUUAAAUAUGUCCGUAAAAAUCAACGUUGUUCCUAUCGUGCGUGAAGCCGAUGGUCUAGCUCUGUCAACGCGUAACCAAUAUCUGUCACCUGUUGAGCGUAAAGCAGCCAGUGUAUUAUACCGAGGUCUCGUACGUGCACAACAUUUGUUCCAGAAAGCAAAAGAAGAAGGUAAAGAAACGAUUGAGACAAAGGCACUCUAUACUGUUGUUUAUAAGGAAUUGGAAUCGGAACCACUAGUCACUACCAUUGAUUAUGUGUCUGUGGGAUCGAAGCAAACGAUGCGCGAGAUGUCAAUAGUUGAUACAACAGAAGGAGCUAUCGUUUCUGUUGCUGUUAAAAUCGGUAAUUGUCGAUUAAUUGACAAUAUUGUGCUAUGA